UCUUUUUUAUUAUUUAUUUAUGUCGUGACUCUGUGGUCGUUUUUGUGAUUGUAAGCUUGCAAUUUUUUAAAGCGGCAACAUUGCUGGAAAUAGACGCCUAUGUUUCCUUUUCCUUUGACAUCUCUCUUUAGAUAAAUUCUACGAAAAUGAAGGCCAAAGGCGAGUUGAAGGAAUUCGAGGUUAUUGGGCGCAAGUUGCCAUCCGACAAUGAGCCGAAACCGCCGCUUUACAAGAUGAGAAUAUUCUCUCCAGAUUACAUUGUUGCUAAGUCCCGAUUUUGGUACUUUUUGAGGCAGUUAAAGAAGUUCAAGAAAACAACUGGAGAGAUUGUUUCCAUAAGGGAAAUCCCAGAGAAAAGUCCAAUUAAAAUUAAGAACUUUGGUAUCUGGCUGCGGUAUGAGUCACGUUCAGGUGUCCAUAACAUGUACCGGGAAUACCGUGACUUGUCCGUUGGUGGAGCUGUUACACAGUGUUAUAGAGACAUGGGUGCUCGCCACAGAGCAAGAGCUCACUCCAUACAGAUAAUCAAAGUGGAAGUAAUCAAGGCGUCGGCAUGCCGAAGACCUCAGGUGAAACAAUUCCACAAUAGUUCCAUCAAGUUCCCGCUACCAAAACGUGUACACCAUUACAAGAAACUAAACAAAUUCGCGUACAAGAGGCCCAACACAUAUUUCUUGUAAUUUAUCAAUAUAUCUUAUAAUAUAAAUCCAUGUGACUUGGAAAA